CCACACUUAGCCAUGCCACUAACCAAAUCUCCGACAACGCAUCGCCUACCGCUGCUGCUGACGUUGACGCUGCUGCUGUUAAUCGCCAACAGUGCUGCUGGCAUCUCUGUUGCCUCCUCGACCAAUAUGCCCUCGCCCCGCUUCUUCUAUGCUGCGGCAGCGGCGGCCACCCCCUCAUUAGAUGCCGCCUCACAGACAAAGGUGCGUCUGCUGCGGCAGACAAAUUCUGCAGCCUUGCCAGGGGCAGCAGAAGCAGCGGCAGUUCCAGAGGAUGAGGGAAGCUGUUGCCAGGGAGCAGCCGCAGAUGCUGGAACACCUGUAACGUUGCCGUUGGAACUUGCAACGGACCUAAGCAAUAUUACCGCCGACUACGAUGUCUCUGCCGAAAUAUCCUCCAAGGAAAACUUCAAACGCAGCGUUACCAGAUCUGCCAUACGGAAUGCCACGCCUGCGAUCUGCUCGCCUCAGCCAACCAUUGUGGAGCUGAAGCCGCCGAGCGAUGAGGCGGGUGGCUUCAAUGUCUACUAUACGCCUGCAUGCACGCGUAUCAAUCGCUGCAACGGCUGCUGCGGCUCCACAUUGAUCUCCUGCCAGCCCACACAGACGGAGAAGGUGCAGAUGCGUGUGCGCAAAUUCGAGCGUGGUGGCACCACGCGGGUCUCGGAAAUCAUUGUGGUGGAACAGCAUUUGGCAUGCCGCUGCGAUUGCCGCAUCAAGGCCGAGGACUGCAAUGCGUAUCAGCUGUACAGAAGGGAACUGUGCCGCUGCGAGUGCCAGAAUACGGACGCCAGGGACAAGUGCUUAGAGCAGGCCGACAGCAAGUACUGGGACGAUGCCAAUUGCACCUGUGCCUGCCGCUACAAUCAGAGCUGCACCACUGGCACCGUUUUCGAUGAGACGCAGUGCAAAUGCACCGAUCCAUCGGCCCCCAUUGAUGUGGUGGAUCGCAAGCGAUUCAUUGUACAGGCCGUGGAGGUAGAGCCCGACAACACCACGUUGUAUCAUGUGUAAGAGCGAGAAGAAGGGAACGAAGGACCAGUAAAAGGGAGCUCCAGCUGGGACUGCAACCUGGUGGAAUGGCGAGAGAUUGUACUGAGAAACCCACAAAUUACACAAUGAUUGCACUAGGCUUAACUGCACACGUACUUUAUAUUAUUUAUAGAUAUUGAUUUAGACCUAGUCUAUUACUACACACCACACACAUUCCCUCUCUUUCCCCCCUAUUCAGUAUUCUGUCUUUAGUUCCCUCAUUUUGUGCGUGCCGCCUAAUUAUUAUUAAUUUUUUUUUAUUAAUUUGUUGGGUCACUUCUUAGGCGCCUUACCAUGUUUUCCAAAGCUUAAGUUUUAUUUUUUUGAAUAA